GAGGAGUCUGAGCAGAGCGGAAGAGGGCUCCCACUGCCUAGGGGCACGGGGCGGGAGCCUCGAGGAGCAGCAAGAGGAAGGGUGGGAAAACUGAGAACCUGGAAGGCUGAAGGACUUGAUUCAGGAUGGGCUGAAUCGUGGAUCUCUACCUCUGGAUGCUGUCAAGCCUCUGAUCCUCCAAGUCUUCUCUAGGUAUACACCUCAGGGCAAGACAGGCUAUGUAUACUCCUCAGUCUUGGGGUACAUCUCCUAACCCCAGGUCAUAAGGUGAGAAUGAAACCAUAAGAGUAAUUAUGGCUUCCCCGUCUGUGAAGUGGGCGUAGUAAUACUGCCCAUCUUGCAGGGUUGCUGGGAGCGCUUAGCCAAUUUAUGUAAAGACAGACGCAUUGUAAGUCCUCAGUAAAUAUUAUUAGGUCACACUGGGUAGCAUGUAUCUAUCAUCUUUUGUAUUUAAGGGACAGACAAGUAUUCAUGAAUUCUGAUCUCCAAAGAAAGAAAGCAAAAUCACAUGGAGAAACUGGAGCCGGCUAUCUGGGUCUGGGCCCUUGCUCUGCCUCCACCUGGGUCAUGGUGAGCUCAGGUCCCUUGACUUCUGUCCUCAGUUUUUUCCAGCUGUAAAAGAGCGCUGAGAAUAGUGCAGACCCCAGUGAUGAGGGGAGAGUCACCAGGGUGCUGAGGACAUGGCUUGGCACAGAGUCAGGCUGCAGCAAUAGAUGGCAUUUUGCGGUUAAGUAUUUCCUGGGGUUGAGUGUCUACCAAAUGUGCGUGAGCAUUUGAAGGGUUAAUCUCCAGGGAGGGGAGGAGAGGGGAGGGGAGGGAAGUCCAGAAUUUGGGGCAGGGCAGCAGUCCUUACAAGGGUGGCCGCCAGAGGGAGCAGCUGAGCCUGAACUGGCCUCUGCAAAGCCUUGGUGACAGCACCCGCCACACCCUCCUGGAGGGGGGAGGGCCUGGGAGUGGCCAGGAUGCCCCCCAUCCCCAGUUCUGCUCCUCCCAGCCCCUCCUCCUGUCGGCAGAGCCAUCCAUCAGUCCCCACCCUAGUGACAUCCUCCUUCAUCCUCCUUGUGCUCUGGGGAAAUGGGGCUGAGUGGGCAAUCUGGGGAGGGGGCUGGCUGGGAGUGGCCAGGGUGGCUCCAAUUCUGGGUGGCCCCACCCCCUCCCAAAGAGCCAUUCUGUCCCUUCCCCUGGGCUGUUCUUCUGAUGGCCUCUGACCCCCUCCUCCUUCUACCCACUCUGCCUGGCACACCCGGGGCCUAGCACGUCCCUUUCCCAAAUCUUCAGGGAGAAGGGGCGUGGGAGGAGGCAGAGAAAGUACUGGGCUCUAGGAAGAGGGGGCAGGGAGCUGAGAAAUAGACACCAGGCAGAAGGACGGACACACACACACACACACACACACACACACACACACACACACAGACCUAAAGAGACAGAGACAGGGAAACAGAAACAAAGAUAGACAGAAAUAGGGAGCAAGAUUGAGAAGGAGAACUAGACUAACACAGAGAGAGAAGCAGCAAGACAAGGAGUCAGAGAGGGAGAGAGAGAAAAUCAGACGCCAGAGAGGUGGAGGGAAAAGAACAGGCUGCGAGAGCCUGGGGGCCGGGCAGAGCUCCCUGUGGUGGGGUACAGAGGCUCUGGGCACCGGAGAUGUAGCACCCCGGCCAAACUGGGUCCAAGAGAAGUGGCAGAGGGGGCAGAGGUCCAGGGCAGGGGCCAUGGCAGUGACAGGGACUCUGCUGCUGCUGCUGCUACUGCUAGCUGGGGCAGGGGUGGGGGUGGCCUGGAGACCCCCAAAGGGAAAAUGUCCUCUGCGCUGCUCCUGCUCCAAGGACAGCGCCCUGUGUGAGGGCUCCCUGGACCUGCCCAUGAGCUUCUCCCCGACGCUGCUGUCACUGUCAUGGGAUCCCAGAGAGCAGAGGGCCCUGCUCAGGACCGGAUCAUUGGCGAGAGAGGUAUUCUCACCCACUCCUGCGCAUGCACAUCCCCAGCUCACUUGUCAGGACUGGAGUCCCCCAGCUGAAGGCCGGCAGCUUUGUGAGGAUGCCAUCCCUGCACCUGCUGUGAGUACAGCCUGGCUGGGCCAAGCCCAGCUGCAGGGCGCGGGAGAGCUGUCCUGGUUCCAGACAGUCCGGGAGUCGGCCCUGGGUGUGGAGCCCUUCUCCUACCAGGGGGAGCCCCACGUCAUCCUAGCACAGCCCUUCGCAGGCCGCUGCCUGAUCCUCGGCUGGGACUACAGCCUGCAGCGCUUCCGGCCAGAGGAAGAGCUGUCAGCGCCCUCGGUGGUGUCCUGCAAGCCGCUGGUGCUGGGCCCGCGCCUCUUCGUGCUGGCCGCCCGCCUGUGGGGAGGCUCGCAGCUGUGGGCAAGACCCAGCCCCGACCUGCGCCUGGCCCCACUGCAGGCCCUCGCCCCUCGGCGGCUUCUGAGGCCCAACGACGCCGAGAUCCUGUGGCUGGAUGAGCAGCCCUGCUUCGUGGUGGCCGAUGCCUCCAAAGCAGGCAGCACCACGCUGCUGUGUCGCGACGGGCCCGGCUUCUACCCCCGCCAGAGCCUGCACGCCUGGCACCGGGACACAGAUGUAGAGGUCCUGGAGCUGGACGGCCGUCCCCACCUGCUACUGGCCUCUGCCUCCCAGCGCCCUGUGCUCUUCCACUGGGUUGGUGGCCGCUUUGAGAGGCGCACGGACAUCCCUGAGGCCGAGGAUGUCUAUGCCACACGCCACUUCCAGGCUGGUGGGGACGUGUUUCUGUGCCUGACCCGUUACAUUGGGGACUCCAUGGUCAUGCGCUGGGAUGGAUCCAUGUUCCGCCUGCUGCAGAAACUUCCCUCACGGGGCGCCCACGUAUUCCAACCGCUGCUCAUCGGCAGGGACCAGCUGGCCAUCCUGGGGAGCGACUUUGCCUUCAGCCAGGUCUUUCGCCUUGAGUCAGACAAAGGGCUCUUGGAGCCGCUGCAGGAGCUGGGGCCCCCAGCCUUGGUGGCCCCCCGCGCCUUUGCGCAUGUCACCUUGGCUGGAAGACGCUUCCUAUUUGCGGCUUGCUUCAAGGGCCCCACACAGAUAUACCAGCAUCAUGAGUUGGACCUCAGCGCCUGAGGCUAGCCAGGACAUUGGAUGUAGCUCGGGUCUGGCAUGGGGAGCCUCAGGCGUUGGGAUCUCCUCUUACCCGGACUCCUAGCCCCAGUAUCUGAGGUACUGAGCACAGGCCAAGCUCACCAGCCACAGGUCCAGGCUUUAGCCCACCUCUUGGGGGAACUGGGCCAACUAGGGUAAAUGGAAGGUCACAGCUGUUGGACCUUCUGAGCUGACCUUCCAGCGUGGGACAGCAUCCCAAGUAACUUGGAAGCUCAAGCCGGGCAGCGCAGGGCGCCAGAAUACAGAAAUCAAAAGAAGGGAAUGCGCAGAACGUGGGUGAUGUCUAGAGGGUAUCAGCUACACGUCUCCCCACCUCCCUGCUCCCUGUGGAAGCUGAGGUGAGAGCAAAUCUUUCCCCUUCAAACUCAGUCUAACCAAUCGCGUUAAUGGGGAAAGUGCCCGCCUCCAUGACGUCACAGCCGCAGGGUCGGUUUCCCUGCCAGACGUCAUUCCUUCUGCUGCUUGUGCGCAUGUCUGCUGCCAGAAGCUGCUCCCCGGGCUUUUCCUCCCCCAUGCGUGCGUGGGUGGCAGGUAAGGAAAAGGCAGGAAUCAAAAGGAAUCCGCGGGAAGCCCCUGGUACCUGCCCCCGGAAGCAUACCAGGGCCAAAGACAGGAAGUGUGAACGCUCAAUAAAGGCACUGUGCACCCGCCUUGCCGGUUGCUGUGGGCUCACUGGGGACUUUGUGAAUGGCGUUGGGGAGGAUGGCGUUCGGAAAGGAGAUGGCAGGGCGGCCUUUGGCACCUCCCAGGUCUCUAAGGAUGGUGGGGUUAUAGGUGGGUGGGGUUAUAGGUGGGUGGGGUGUCCUGGGGAUCUUGGAGGGCUAAGGUAUGAUUAUGGAACAAGCCAUAGGUUUAUUAUGGAUCUCUUUUUCCAGGUUAUGUUUUAAGGGCAUUAUAGGAGAUAUUUGCAGGUGUUUUGUAGAGUUUUGCUAAUUUUAUAGGGGUGGUUCAUGGGAACAUUUUGGGUGCUUUAUUGGCUAUUGGGGAGUCUCAAGGGAACUUGAGGCACAGUGGAGAAUCUCACUGUGUGGCCAUUGUGUAUUAUCAUGGGUGUCAUGGGGAUCCCCUGGGAUACAGAGAUCUCACAGGGGCAGGUGGGUACUUGGAAAGAUUUCAUACUAAAGUGGAGUCUCCAGGGUGUGAGAAGGCCAUAGAGGUCUUCACUAUCAGAGUCAAACCACUGCGCACUCCCAGCAUGAUAGGCUGAUCCUACAGCCUUGUUUUUUGGGAUGCAAUCCAUCCAGUUAGGACUCUCACUCAUAAAAUUGUUCUCCAUGUGACACUAGAACUGCCUCCGCUGCACAGGGCUCCUCUGGCUGUGGAGGAAGGGAGC